CCGGAGGUCACCGUUCGCGCGUGCACGACAAAACAACUACCCAAGGGACAAGGAAGUUGACAGCUGGUUAAUAUUUAGCGGUGGUAACUGGUGGUGAGACUGUGGAGGAACCUUUGUGAACCAGUCAUCUCAUCUCAUCGCCCUAAGCCCAGAGCGAUGCCACUUUGCGGGAUGAGACCGUUCUCCUGACACAGGGAGGGUACUCCUCCCCCAACCUUAGCAACCCGGACUCUGUCCUCUACCUACCUACCUCAACCCUGACCCCCAUUACCUCACCCCUGACUAACCCAUAAACCCUCCCCUCUAAUUACUACCUCAGCACUCUCCUCUAUGUAAACCUGCUGCUCUUAAACCGCUCUGUCCCCACCCUCCUGAGGAUUUCCCUCACCCAACUCAAUUCAAUUACAUUUUAUACACCUAUAUCAACCCCUGAGGGGCAAUUAAAAAAGCAUUGUCAGUGCCAGGUGUCCAUUUUGUACCCAGAGUGGAGUCCUCAGUAGGAUGCUCUAACCUGUGUACUGGCACGCAACGAUGCUGCUGAACUUCCAGUGACGUCCCCACUCUGUGAUGUCAGAGGCUAGAGGAGAGGGGCGGGACCGGAGUGGGAACCCCACGUUUGUGGUUGGCUGUGUCGAUGAAGACCACCGAGGCUCAGAAGGAGGAGGAAUGAAGAACGAGGGAGAGAUGCGAAAAGGAGAGGAGGAGGACGAGGAUUAUGACUCGCCUCCAGAGAGGCAGAUUGUGGUGGGCAUCUGCUCCAUGAUGAAGAAGUCCAAUUCCAAGCCCAUGACCCAGAUCAUGGAAAGGCUGUGCAAGUUUGAGUACAUCACGGUGGUCAUCUUCCCCGAGGAGGUCAUCCUCAACCAGCCCGUUGACAAAUGGCCCCUGUGUGACUGCCUCGUCUCCUUCCACUCCAAAGGUACAAACCAACGUUUCCCAUUGGACAAAGCGGUAGAGUACGCCAAACUCAGAAACCCACUUCUCAUCAAUGACCUGAACAUGCAGUUCUAUAUACAGGACAGGAGGGAGGUGUAUCGUAUCUUGCUGGAGGAGGGCAUUGAUCUUCCUCGUUACGCUGUGUUAACCCGAGACCCAGACAGACCUGAAGAGUGUAACCUGGUGGAGGGGGAGGAUCAUGUGGAGGUGAACGGGGAGGUGUUCCCCAAGCCCUUUGUGGAGAAGCCUGUGAGUGCUGAGGACCACAACGUCUACAUCUACUACCCCACCUCAGCUGGAGGGGGCAGCCAGAGACUCUUCCGCAAGAUAGGGAGCCGCAGCAGUGUGUACUCCCCGGAGAGCUGUGUGAGGAAGACUGGCUCCUACAUAUACGAGGAGUUCAUGCCAACGGAUGGCACUGAUGUCAAGGUGUAUACAGUGGGCCCUGACUAUGCCCAUGCUGAGGCAAGGAAGUCCCCAGCCCUGGACGGGAAGGUGGAGAGGGACAGCGAGGGGAAGGAGAUCCGCUACCCUGUCAUGCUCACCGCCAUGGAGAAACUGGUGGCCCGCAAGGUCUGCCUGGCCUUCAAGCAAACUGUGUGUGGCUUCGACCUCUUGAGAGCAAACGGCCACUCCUUCGUCUGUGACGUCAACGGCUUCAGCUUUGUGAAGAACUCCAUGAAGUACUAUGAUGACUGUGCCAAAGUCUUGGGGAACAUGGUGAUGCGAGAGCUGGCCCCUCAGUUCCACAUCCCCUGGUCCAUCCCCUUGGAGGCUGAGGACAUACCCAUAGUCCCCACCACCUCAGGAACCAUGAUGGAGCUGCGCUGUGUCAUCGCCGUCAUCCGCCACGGAGACCGCACCCCCAAACAGAAGAUGAAAAUGGAAGUCAGACACCCUCUAUUCUUUUCGCUGUUUGAAAAGUAUGGAGGCUACAAGUCAGGGAAACUGAAGUUGAAGAAGCCCAAACAGCUACAGGAAGUGCUGGACAUUGCCCGGCUCCUACUGGCUGAGUUGGGACAGCACACAGACUAUGAGAUCGAGGAGAAGAAGGGUAAACUGGAGCAGCUCAAGACGGUCCUAGAGAUGUACGGCCAUUUCUCAGGCAUCAACAGGAAGGUGCAGCUGACCUACCUGCCCAACGGACAGCCCAAAGCCUCCAGUGAGGAAGAAGAGGGUCCAAAGGAGGGUCCGUCUCUGCUGCUGGUGUUGAAGUGGGGCGGGGAGCUGACCCCGGCAGGCAGGGUACAGGCUGAGGAGCUGGGCAGGGCCUUCCGCUGCAUGUACCCUGGAGGACAAGGGGACUACGCCGGUUUCCCUGGCUGUGGUCUGCUCCGUUUACACAGCACCUACCGCCACGACCUCAAGAUCUACGCCUCAGACGAAGGCCGUGUUCAGAUGACCGCUGCCGCUUUUGCCAAGGGCCUGCUGGCUCUGGAGGGAGAGCUGACGCCCAUCCUGGUGCAGAUGGUGAAGAGUGCCAACAUGAACGGCAUGCUGGACAGCGACAGUGAGUCUCUGACCGACUGCCAGCAGAGGGUGAAAGUGCGACUCCAUGAAAUCAUGCAGAAAGACCAGGACUUCACUGAGGCCGACUACGAAAAGCUGGCCCCUACAGGCAGCCCCUCCCUGGUCGGCUCUAUGAAAAUCAUAGGGAACCCAGUGAGGACGUGUGACCAGGUCUACGCCCUCAUCCAGAGCCUCACCUCCCAGAUCCGCAGGAGGCUGGAGGACCCCAAAUCUGCAGACCUGCAGCUGUACCACAGCGAGACCCUGGAGCUGAUGCUGCAGCGCUGGUCCAAGCUGGAAAGGGACUUCCGGAAUAAGAGCGGCCGCUACGACAUCAGCAAGAUCCCGGACAUCUAUGACUGUGUGAAGUACGACACGCAGCACAACGCCACGCUGGGCCUGGAGGACACGCUGGAGCUGUUCAGGCUGUCCCGUGCCCUGGCCGACAUCGUCAUACCUCAGGAGUAUGGCAUCAAUAAGGCAGAGAAGAUGGACAUCGCCCAGGCCUACUGCCUGCCCCUGAUGAAGAAGAUCCAGCUGGACAUGCAGAGGACCCAUGAGGACGAGGCUGUCAAUAAGCUGCACCCACUGUACUCGCGGGGGGUCAUGUCUCCGGGGCGCCACGUCAGGACCCGCCUCUAUUUCACCAGCGAGAGCCACGUCCACUCACUACUCAGCAUCUUCCGCUACGGGGGACUGCUGGACGAGGUGAAGGACCAGCAGUGGAAACAGGCCAUGGAUUACCUCAGUGCCGUCUCUGAACUCAACUACAUGACCCAGAUAGUCAUCAUGCUAUAUGAGGAUAACAACAAGGACCCUGGCUCAGAGGAGCGUUUCCACGUGGAGCUCCACUUCAGUCCCGGGGUGAAGGGCUGUGAGGACGAGGAGAACAUCCCUCUGGGCUUUGGCUUCCGGCCAGCCUCCGCUGAGAACCAGGAGAAGCAGACCAACCAAGGCAGUCUGGAGGACCUAUCACAGGACGAGACUGACCGGGCCCUGCCUCUCUCUGAGACAGUCAGCAUCAAAAGAUCCCCCAUGAGCCGCAACCGUAAGACUGGCUCCAUGGAGGCCCUCUCUGAGACCCUGCCCACCUCCUCCAAGGGUGCCUCCUACCGCCUCUUCCCCUCAUGCUCGCGCCAGUCCCCCGAGAUUAAACAGACUGGCCUAGGCUUUGAAGGUUGCUCCAUGGUGCCCUCUAUCUACCCGCUGGAGACGCUGCACAACUCGCUGUCCCUCAAGCAGGUGGACAAGUUCCUCAAUGCCGUGUGUGAGCACAGCAGCGAUGCCCACGCCAAGACCAUGAAAGCUCUCUCUGCCUUGUUCGACACGUCGAAUCAGGGGUACGGUCAGGCGCCCCCCAGCGAAAGCCCUGUCAGGCGCCCCCCAGCGAAAGCCCUGUCAGGCGACCCCCCAGCGAAAGCCCUGUCCUCAAACUCCUGUCCGGCCCCUCGAAUGUCUGCUAUGGCCAGUGGCCCGUCUAGCACAGUGUCCAGUUCAGGGCCCUCCUCCCCCACCUCAGUGAACCCAGCCAUACAUUUCAGCUUCAGUGAGUACACCGCAACCCCUUCACCGGAUCCCACAGAGGAACUAGAGGACAACACAACACCUGGAUCCACUCCCUAUUAAUCCAUCCAUCCACCCAUUCAUCCAUCCAUCCAUCCACCCAUUCAUCCAUCCAUCCACCCACCCAUCCAUUCAUCCAUCCAUCCAUCCACCCACCCAUCCAUUCAUCCGUCCACACUGUUCUACCUGCCUGUGAGUGCCUGCUAGUAAUCACAGUCACAUACAGUGCGGGACGCUGAGGACCGUCCAUCUCAUUCUGUGGACAAAAACCAACCAAAACCAACUGGCUUCUCCCCUCAGGCAGAUGUAUGUCCAACCAACACUCUGCCUCAGUUGAGCUACAGCCAGGGG